ACUUGACUCAGAAUUCAGCAUAUAUAGAGUAAGAACAAAACCACAAUUCCUACCCUUCUAGCUAGCAAAUCCUAUCACUCUCCUUUGAUAGCUUUUGGCCGGAGAGAGAGAGAGAGAGAGAGAGAGAGGGGAGAGCAUGGAAACGUCUGGAGUGGGUGAAGAGACCAUGGUUGAUUGGAGAGGGAGACUCUCCAGCCCUGGCAAACAUGGUGGAAGAAGAGCUGCUGCUUUUGUGCUUGGGCUGCAAGCUUUUGAGAUAAUGGCCAUAGCUGCCGUUGGGAACAACCUAAUAACAUACUUGAUUAACGAGAUGCACUUCUCUUUAUCCAAAUCUGCCAACAUAGUGACAAACUUUGUUGGAACUGUCUUUCUCCUGGCGCUCCUUGGCGGCUAUCUUUCAGAUUCUUAUCUUGGGAGUUUCUGGACAAUGCUCAUCUUUGGUUUUAUUGAACUUUCUGGUUUCAUAUUACUCUCAGUUCAGGCUCAUCUUCCCAAGUUAAAGCCAUCCCCGUGUAACAUGCUAUCUGAUGGAGAAAACUGUUUGGAAGCAAAGGGCUUGAAAGCUUUGAUAUUCUUUGUAGCACUUUACUUGGUGGCAUUAGGGAGUGGAUGUGUUAAACCCAACAUGAUUGCUCAUGGGGCAGACCAGUUCAACCAAGAUAAUCCCAAGCAAUCCAAGAAGCUCUCCGCCUACUUCAAUGCUGCCUAUUUUGCAUUCUCAGUAGGUGAACUUAUUGCCCUAACAGUUCUUGUCUGGGUCCAAACUCAUUCCGGGAUGGAUGUCGGCUUUGGAGUCUCGGCUGCUGCUAUGGCCAUGGGACUAAUCAGUUUGGUUUCUGGUACUUUAUAUUACCGGAACAAGCCGCCUCAAGGAAGCCUUUUCACACCCUUUGCCCAAGUUUUUGUGGCUGCAAUUUCGAAGAGAAAGCUGCAGGUUUGUCCAUCUAACAGACAAAUGCUUCACGGAAGCCAAAACAAUGUGCCGAAUAACGUUAGCUUGUCUAAUUCUGACGCUGGCAGUAGUAGUGUCCUAUUAAUUCACACCGAAAAGUUCAGGUUCUUGGACAAGGCUUGCAUCAAAAUCCAGCACGAUGGGGCUCAUACAAAGGAAAGCCCAUGGAGACUGUGCUCCGUUACGCAAGUGCAGCAAGUGAAAAUUCUGAUCUCAGUGGUUCCCAUCUUUGCAUGCACCAUCGUUUUCAACACCAUUUUAGCUCAACUCCAAACAUUCUCAGUCCAACAAGGAAGUGCCAUGGACACGCGUUUCGGAACAUCCAGCUUCCAUAUCCCACCGGCUUCGCUUCAAUCCAUCCCAUACAUAAUUCUCAUCUUUGUAGUCCCUCUCUAUGACACUUGCUUUGUCCCUUUUGCCAGAAAAUUCACCGGCCACGACUCUGGAAUCGCCCCCUUAAACCGAAUAGGCUUUGGCCUCUUUUCUGUUACGUUUUCUAUGAUUUCGGCUGCCAUAAUGGAGAAAAAGAGAAGAGAUGCUGCAUUAAAUUUUGACAAAACCUUAUCCAUUUUCUGGAUAACUCCUCAGUUCUUAAUCUUUGGACUAUCGGAAAUGUUUACGGCGGUCGGUCUCAUUGAGUUCUUUUACAAACAACCCUUGAAAGGGAUGCAAGCAUUUUUAACAGCCAUGACCUAUUGCUCAUACUCAUUUGGGUUCUAUCUAAGCUCCUUACUGGUUUCCCUGGUGAAUAAGAUCACGGCCUCAAGUACUACUUCCUCAAAUGGUGGUUGGCUCCAUGAAAAUGAUUUAAACAAGGACAGGCUAGACCUUUUCUACUGGCUAUUGGCAGCCCUUAGCUUCCUCAACUUCCUCAACUAUCUCUUUUGGUCUCGGUGGUUUUCUAAGAAUUCUUCCUCGCCAAUUAGCACAAUACAUGAACAUGCGGCUCGUACUGCAAAUCAUGAUCUUGAUCAUCGUCAGGCCGACUAUAGUCACUGCAGUUUCGACUCUGAAAAAAACGUUGGAGCGCAAGCUAGCUGUUGAUAAUAUAUUUAUAUGCUUGGCUUUAAUGAUCAUUAUAUAUAAACAGGGAUAUAUAUGAUCUAGAGGCUAGCUAGCUAUAUGCAGUAUGGCUUUUGUAAAUAAAUUAUAGAAAAUGCAUGCAUGCAUGCAUUAAUAUUCUGUGCACCGAUCGAUCAAGAAGCUUGGUCAGAU